UUGUGUGAGCCUAGUCCAAUGGGAAAGCUGUUCAUUCUGCAACAAGUGCACUAGAGACCGUCGAAAGGUGCAGUUAUUGAGCAUCGCAGCUUGUUCUUCGAACGGUUUAAAUGGCGAACGCUGGUCUUGAAAUCUUGGGGGUCGCCUUGGGAGUGUUGGGAUGGCUGGGGGCCAUCAUAACCUGUGCACUGCCCAUGUGGAGAGUGACCGCUUUCAUUGGGAACAACAUCGUGGUGGCGCAGAUCAUUUGGGAAGGUCUUUGGAUGAACUGUAUAGUUCAGAGCACCGGCCAGAUGCAGUGUAAGGUGUACGACUCAUUGUUGGCCCUCUCGCAAGAUCUCCAGGCUUCCAGAGCUCUGACCGUCAUUGCCAUUGUGGUGGGAGUCCUGGGCAUUCUGAUUUCCAUCGUGGGAGCCAAGUGUACCAACUGUGUGGAAGACGAGGCGACUAAAGCAAAGAUUAUGAUAGUGGCUGGAAUUAUCUUCAUCCUAUCUGGACUGAUGAUCCUGAUCCCAGUGUCCUGGUCUGCAAACACCAUCAUUAGGGAUUUCUACAACCCGCUGGUGACGGACGCCCAGAGGAGGGAGCUUGGAGCCUCCUUGUACAUCGGUUGGGGAACCUCGGGUCUGCUGAUCCUCGGAGGGGCCCUGCUCUGCUGUUCCUGUCCUCCCAAAGAUGAGAAGUACGUGCCUUCAAGAAUGGCCUACUCUGCCGCCAGGUCCACAGGUCCCACUGGGUACGAUAGGAAGGACUAUGUGUGAGAGGGCACCAGGUAGCACAGCUCGCCCUCAGGGGACUGGCGGCUUUCCUGAACCCUUAAAGAGUUAUCGCUUUAGGGUGAAUCCUGUCUCAGAUUUUAUUGUCAAUUUUUUUAAAAAAAAGAAAAAAAAGUUCAGAUAUUACUUUCUUUCCAUUUCAAUUACUGUUAAACCCAAAGUGAUGUCGUGGAUGUGUGUGUAUGUCUUUGUAUAUAUUGGUCUGGUCCAUUUCACCAGUUGGUAGAAUAGAGUUUGAUUGUGACUCGUG